AGUUUCUGCCUCAGUGGUUUUAUUCCCUGAACACAAGCAACAUGUCUGGACUCCAGAUGACUGUGUCUGUGGCCGCACUGAUCAUACUCACUGGGGCUGUUUGCACUUCUGCAACAACACCCUCCCAUUACUUCCACUACAUCUACGGCUGCUAUGAAUCCACUGACGUGCGGGUGGACAUGCUUCUCGAUGAGGACGUGGCAGCGUACGCUGAUUUCAGCAAAGACGAAAUAGUGUGGGCGAUGCCUCACCUGCCGCAAGCUGUGAUAGACUUCAAGCAGUGGGUCUUUGGAUUUGCCAAAUCCAGCAUUGUUCACUGUCACAGCGUGUUGGGUAAAGCAAGAAGAGCAGAACCUGGUGCUCCCAAAGCACAAGAAGCUCCAGACAGCUACGUCUACACCCGGUACAAGGGCGAGGAUGGUGUGAUGAACACUCUCUUCUGCCUGGCCAAUCACUUCUACCCCCCCUCCAUCAAUUUCACAUGGACGAAGAACGGGGCUGAGGUCACAGAGGGGGUGUCGAACCUGCGUUACCUACACAACAGCGACGGGACGUUCCACAGAAUUUCAACGCUGAGUUUCACGCCUCGGGAGGGCGACGUUUACUCCUGUUCAGUGGAGCAUCAAGCCUCGCGGCAGCCCCUCACCAGGAGCUGGAAGCUGCAAGAGAGGGCGAGCAGCAUGAGUCCUGCAGCGGGGUUCUUCGUAGCGAGCCUCGUUUUGUGCCUGGUGGGAAUCGGGACCGGAGCCUACUUUUUCACCAAGGAGCCAAAUCGGUGCCUUCGCUAGUUUUACUGAGAGCAGCUCAGCAUUCAGCUGAGCGUGCACAUGUUUUCACCGUUAAUGCGACGGGAUGGUCCAACAGCCCGGCCUCCUCUUUGAGGGCGUGUUUCUCUGUACGUUAAAGGAAAACCUUCACAACACCUCAACAUAUUGCAAAAUCAAACACACGACACAUUUGUCUUCAUGGAGGCAACUGGACUUUUCAUUAAUGAUGCACAGGAAAGCCAAAGGUGAUCUGGAAAAUUGCAACAGAAAAGCACUUGCGCUUUGAAUUCAGAGGAUUUGUAUCGUGACCCGACUUGUUGGCUCAGUUUCUGAAGUUUCUGUUUUAUUUUGCCUGAAUGUUCUAAGAUGAAAGGAUGGUAACACAACAGGACAUGUUGCCUUUCCGUUAAAAUAUGCACAGUCCUGUACAGCUGAGUCAAAUGUGCUGAUUGAUGCAGUUGAUCCCUCUUGAGAAUUUACAGUUAAAUAAAGCAAACCUAUCCCGUAAUACUUUAUUUGUACUAUACUUUAUUUUCGAAACAAUAUCAAUUCAACAGUCAUAUUUAAUGCACUUACCGUGCACGUCUUUGGAUUGUAAGAGGAGAUCAGUGCACCAGUCUGUGAUGGGACAGAAGGUCUGGUCUGGACCAGGUGAAUCAGACUGAUGAAUGCCGGGAACCAGGAAAUGUCCAACCUCCCUCACACUGAGGCCUCCCUGUGGACACAUUGAGCGACUGCCUCUAAAACUUUGGCCUUGACUUUGAGCGCCUCACUUCCUCGCUGGUCCUCAGCGUUGAUUCUGAAUAAUCUCCAUUUCUGAACACACACAGAGAGGACAGAGAUCUGUGAACAAACCUGCUGUGAAUGACUCUCUGACUCACCUUCUGAUUCCAGAGGAGCAUCUCUCUCAGGUAGAAGCGGCUCCACCUGCUUCCUGCAGCUCUCUGAGCUCCGUCUGGAUCAUCACAUCACAGCCAGCGCUCGACUCCUGGAAGACUUUAACGUGACGGUGAGGAGGAAUGAGCAAAGAGAAAACUGAAGGACCAAAACGAAACUUCAGAAUCAGCUUUGGUGAAGAAGUCUGUGCACACGUACAAGGACUUUGACUCCUGUUGAGAACAGGAACAACAAACACUGAACAAAUGGAGAUAAAGGCUGGUAGAGCAGAAAAAGUCCCAUUCAGAGACAAGCUAUUUCAGGUAGAGGUUUUGUUCAGACCGGCCACUGAAAAUACCUUCUCGGCAUCAGCAUUUGAAUGAGGAAGCACUAAAACCAGGGUUGCGAUCUUUGAUAGCCUCCAAAAUUGGUUCAAGCCAGUCACCUUUGAAAAAGGAACCAAGGGCCUCUAUUACUUAAAUGUUUUCCUUUUAUCUCAGGGCCGGUUGGGCUCGCGGGUUUUCAGGACUCAAAUGCAGUAACUCAGUUCACCCAGGCAAGGUUCAAAAACACAAGGCAGUAUUUAUUAACAGAAAACACAGAUACAAGGAUCUGGCAAAAACAGGACUGAAGUAACUGAAAGUAACAAACAAAAGGCGCUCUGUAAUUCAAUGUACAACAAAAAGACUUGAUUACAAUAAACGAGAACAAAAGGCGCAAGGAUUCCAAAAAUGUGCAAACUAGAAACUUGAAUCAGCUAACACUCACAGGGAGACAGGGAUAUAAUACAGAGCUAGGCUUGGACAAGGGACAAGAGACAAUCUGGCACAGGACAAGGGGAGACGCAGACUAUAUAUACACAUGAGGUAACAAUGAACAGGUGGAAACAAUCAGGGCGGGGCAGACAAUCAGACAGGCAGGAAACACAUCAGGAAGUCAGGGUCUGAAACAAGAGGAGAGUAACGCUUACUAUGCAACACAUUUUAAUCUGAUACAUUAAAGAUACUUAAGCAGCAACUAUCGUUGUGAUGCGAUACACCCCCUGAUCACGAUGCAGUUCGAUUCAACAUGACAAGAGGAGUUAUUUAGAGGUCACCAUUCUUAACUUCUGUCUGUACUAGUUGAGAGCACACAACAGAGCCAAUAUACACCUUAUACCUUUGAGGGAUCAUACAUUCUCACAGCAGGAAGUACUCACUUAACUAGACAUGAUGUUUUUCAAGAAAACUGUACCCCUGAAGGAGUAUGAGUUAUUCCAAGGGACACUUGAAGCCACUCAGAGGCAAAAUGAGGAGCUUGUUAAUAGGAAUAGGUUCCUCAUGCAACAAAGCGUAAAGCUCUACAAUGAAAACAAAGAGCUUCGGAGUCAGCUGGACAAACUCAGUCAGGAGAAGAAGGUCUGGGAGGAGGAGAAGGCCUGUCAGGCAGCUUCUGAGGCUGAGACGAGGGUUGCUGAGUAGUUGCCCAGAGACGCCGGAUGUUGAUAACAUGCCACCACGGGCUCAGAAGAGAAUAGCACCAGCAUAUCAUAACA